CCCAGGGGUUCAUAACAUAGCAUAUGCACAGUUAAUUAGUUUCCAAAUGGACGGUGUGACAAAAUGCUACUAUCUUGUGCUCACACUAAUAUGCGAAUGACCACCAUCUUCACUUCUUCGGUGUUGGGUUCCUGUUGUGUUCGUGAGUAGGACUGCAGCGUUGAGAGGUCGCUGCAGCCAGCGCUUACGCUACUCAUGGUGAAAUUGGUGAUAGCGUGGGCCUUGAUAACAAUUAGUAGCAAAGCUUGCUUCGACCGAUUAGCUGUGUGACCCGUGCAGGCAUUCAACCCCAGAUUUUCGAGCAAGAGCUCACUUGAAGAUAGAUAGGUCAAUAUGAACGUUGCCACAGGGGCAAUGAACACCCUACUCCCCAAGCUUGGGGAGCUGCUGGUAGGCGAAUACAAGCUACAAAAGGGUGUCAAGGGAGAGAUCGAAGAACUUGAGAAAGAGCUGACAAGUAUGACCGCAGCCCUCCACAAGGUGGCUGAGACGCCUGCAGAUAAACUUGAUAAGCUGGCGAAGAUCUGGGCCAGCGAUGUCAGGGAGCUGUCUUACGACAUCGAAGAUGCCAUCGACACCUUCAUGAUAAAGGGCAAGGGGCAUGAACUUGCCACGAGCUUCAAGAAGGUCACCAAUUUGUUCAACAAGUUCAAAACUAACCAUCAGAUUCACGGUGUCAUCAAAGAUAUCAUGGACCAGGUCAAGAAGGUCAGCGAGCGUCGUAGUAGGUACAUAGUCGACGACAUCGCUGCCAGACCAACUAUUGUGGAUGUUGAUCCUCGCCUAGAAGCUAUGUACCGGAAGGCAACAGAACUCGUUGGCAUUAAUGAGCCAAAAAGUGAGCUAACUAAGCGACUCUUGGAACAUGACUACUCAUCCAGGCAGCAAUCAAAUAUAAUUUCUAUUGUUGGAUUCGGAGGCUUGGGAAAGACAACUCUUGCCAAUUCAUUACUCCAGGAGCUUGAGGCAAAAUUUGAUUGCCAUUUUUUUGUUUCGGUAUCCUUGAAACCUGAUAUAAACAAGAUUCUCAAAAGUAUUCUUCCCCAACUUGACAAGAAAAGGUAUGCCCACAUAAAUGAAGCAUGGGAAACGAAGCAGUUCAUUGAUGAAAUUCAAGACUUCCUCAAGAAUAAAAGGUUCUUGUGCGUGAUUGAUGAUGUUUGGGAAAAAUCAGCGUGGGAUGAUAUCAAACUUGCUGUGCAAGAUGCUAAACUUGGUAGCAAGAUAAUUGUAACCACACGAAACAUGGUCGUUGCUGAACAUGCAGGUGGUGGUGUUUAUGAAAUGAAACCCUUAUCUAAUGAUGAUUCCAGACAAUUGUUCUGCAAACGAAUAUUUGACUCUAACGAUGACUGUCCAGGUGAUUUGUGUGGUGUCACUGAGAAAAUUUUGAAGAAAUGCGGUGGUGUACCGCUAGCCAUCAUUACUACAGCAUGCCUACUUGCUAGCAAACCAAGGAAUUCAGAGGAAUGGGACAAGGUCAAUAAGUCUAUCAGUUUGGGGCUUGAGAACAACCUUGAUGUGGACAACAUGCGGAAGAUAUUAAGCCUCAGUUACAACGAUCUACCUUUUCAUUUGAAGACUUGCUUGUUGUCUCUAAGCAAAUAUCCUGAGGAUGAGCUAAUUAGAAAAGAUGUUUUGAUAUGGGGUUGGUUAGCAGAGGGUUUUAUUACAGAUGAAACACGACUUGCAGGGACAAGCUUGCAGGAGAUUGGAGAGAGCUACUUCAGCGAGCUCAUCAAUCGAAGCUUGAUCCAGCCGAUGGAUACUUACUUUCAAUACGAAGAUGGUAAGGUACAUGAGUGCAGAGUACAUGACAUGGUGCUUGAGCUAAUAAAUCAGCUGUCAGCGGAAGAAGAUUUUGUUACAACGUAUUUAUCAGAUGGUCAACAAGCAGGUAAAUGUACAUGUACAACACAGAAGAAGAAGAAGAUUCACCGACUCUCUCUCCAUAACAGCAACAAAUCUUAUGCCUCACCAGAAGCAAGAGAACAAUUGUCCAAAGUAAGGUCACUCACUAUCUUCGGCAAGGUCGACUCGAUACCACCCUUGUCGAGCUUUCAUGUCCUGCGUGUGUUGCAGAUUGAGGACUGCAGUGGUAUGGGCAAGAACCAUUUUAGUGAUCUUGGCAAGCUACGCCUCCUAAGAUUUAUGCGUCUAGGGUGCUAUAGUGCCACCGAGCUCCCUGAAAGCAUUGGAAAACUAGAAUCUCUCGAAACCCUGGACAUAAGAGGUGCUAGAUCAAGAACACCAUAUUAUUCUUUUAAAUCUCCUAAGGUAGUGUUUCCAAUGUCUUUUGUCAAACUAAGGAAACUAUUGCGGCUAUUUGCUGGCGAAGUGAAGUUGGCGCAAGGUCUGAUGCUAGGAAAUAUGAAAUCUUUACAGGAGCUUGAAGUAGAAGCCACACCGGAGGUAAUAAAAGAGAUUGGUUAUUUGAAAGAGCUAAGGACUCUUAGGAUCAUUGUGAACAGUCAAAUCAGUGAGACAUUAGAGUUAGUGGAAUCCAUUCAAACAUCUAUAAAAAGGCUCACCAAUUUGCAAGACCUGGAUUUGAGACUAAGUGGUGUACGAGAAACCAUAGACAUGCAACAGAUUCCUUCCGGCCUCCAAAGGUUGUUCAUGUUCCGUUUGGACAUGGAGGCAUUCCCAUGUUGGAUCAAUUCGUCAAUGCUCUCCCGCCUCACCGCCUUAUCCAUUUUGCUGAAGUCUGAAUAUCUCCAGCCUGACCACCUUGAUCGCCUCGCUAAGCUUCCAUCUCUUCGUUUUCUGAGGCUAGAAUUAGAAGGUGAUCCGUUUCGGCUGAAACAACUCACUAUCCACAGAGGUGCAUGUGCAUUCCGGAGUUUAAAAUAUUUUCACCUUUAUAGCUACAUGAUGCCAUCGUUUCAACCAGGAGCUAUGCCUCACCUUGAAAGGCUUUGUCUUCUGAUUAUGACUUUUAUAGUGAGGGGUGACUUGAAUGAUUUAGGUUUGGAGAACCUCCACUCCCUUCGUCAUGUAACCAUUCAUUCCUGUAAUGACGAAACCAAGGCUGUUGUUAAAGAGGCACUUAAGGACUGUCCUAAUCAAGCAGCUCUCGAAUUAUACUGAACUAAAAGCUUCACUCAGGUGUCCUACUCGUCACAUAAUUAUGGUCGAUCAGUAUCACCUAUCAUCGUAGGCCCAACAAGGGAGCGCACGAACAACAUGCGACACAGCAGAAUGGGUGAAAUUAUCGGCUUAUCUAUCUAUCUACUAGUUGUGUUUUGGUUGUUUCCAUUCCAUGAAAUUAGAAUCGAGUUGUUUAGUUGGCUCUAUAUAAAGAGCAGUACUAUGUUAUUUGGAAUUCAAGCAAGAAGCUAUAAGGCCCUGUUAGUUUUCAUAUUAUUCAUGGGAUUGUUGAAAUGGUUUAUUUACUCCACGGUUUGAAAUAUAUAUUCUCCACUGCAUUUGUUA